AUGGGCAAAAAUAAAAUUAAGCAUGAAUUAAUUUCUCAUGAACCAAACAGGAGAGUCACCUUCAAGAAGCGAAAGGCAAGUCUGUUCAGAAAGCUGACUGAGAUAACAACCUUAUGUGGGAUUAUUGCCUGUGCUGUGGUCUAUGAUCCUUCUGAUUCCAAGAUGGAUGCGUGGCCUUCUCCACCAGAAGCGUUUUAUGUACUGGAAAAUUUUAAGAAAUUACCCGAACAAAGACGAGGACAAUUUAUGAUGGAUCAAAAAGCCUUUCUGAAGAAAAAUAUAUCCAGGCUGAAUGGACAAUUGGAAAGAGCCAGAUUUAAAUAUCAAGCACUUGAUGCUGAGCUACUUCUGAUUGAAUACCUGGAAGGUAAAAAUUUGCGUGAUUCUAGCCGUCUCGGAAGUUUGUUAGCACUAGAAGAUCAACUGGCUAAAAAAAUUAGUUUCAUUACUAAUAGGAUUGCGUUCGUGGAAGGUCUUGAGCCCAAUGAAGUUGAUGCUGAAAUUAAUUCUGAUGAGAUGGGGGAUCAAGGCUAA